CAGAACGGAGCUCAAUGCUUCCCCUUGUCUGCUCACCCCCAGAAGCCGAGGACCGGCCCAGUGCCCGGUGCUGGCAGAGCCUCCAUCCUGCUCCCAGCUGCAGGAGGACAUGGCGGGGCAGAGCUAACGGAGUCCCAGGAGCAGCCGCUCAGGGUAGAGCAGUGCCUGCCAUGGAUGAGGAUGAGCUCCCGUCUGUACUGCCUGGGGAAGAUGGUGCCACCCGGGACCCCAGCCUGGAGCCUGCGGAGGAGCCCCCAGUCCAGAAUGGAAUGGCGGCCAGCGAGGACCUGAAUAGUAGCCACAACAGCCCAGGACGUGAUAUGAGGGGCACCCUGGUGGACACCGAGGAGCCCACAAAGGGCCCGGACAUGGCUCUCCAUGGCCUUAGCCUUGGCCUUUCCCUCACUAACGGUCUAGUCCUGGGGCCAGACUCGAACAUUCUUGAUGAUUCUACGGGGUCCAGUCCCUGGAGGGCGGGUGGGCUAGCAGAAGGAGAAGAUGCCUCUCGGAGCUUUUGUCCAGACACUGAGGACCUUCAAUCAGGGCUGGGUGACCCUGGAGAGCCAGAUGUCCGGGACGGCUUCAGUGCCACGUUUGAGAAGAUUGUGGAGUCGGAACUGCUAUGGGGCACCCAAUACAGCAGUCUCGACUCCCUAGACGUGCUGAGCCUCACGGACGAGAGCGACAGCUGUGUCAGCUUUGAGGCUCCCCUUACGCCCCUCAUCCAGCAGCGGGCCCGUGACAGCCCUGAGCCAGGGGGUUCUGUGGGCCUUGGGGACAUGGGGCCCGCAGGGGACAUGGGAGCAGCCGGCGGUGAUGGGGAGCUGGGCAGCCCCCUGCGGCGAUCCAUCUCCAGCAGCCGCUCAGAGAAUGUCCUGAGCUGCCUGUCUGCCGUGCCCAAUGGCUUCCAUGAAGAUGGACUCCAGGGCCCAGGCGGGGAUGAGGAGGAGGAAGAGGAGGAGGACACGGACAAGCUGCUGAACUCGGCCAGUGACCCCAGCCUCAAGGAUGGCCUGUCCGACUCGGACUCAGAGCUGAGCAGCUCGGAGGGGCUGGAGCCUGGCAGCACCGAUGCGCUGGCCAACGGGUGCCAGGGGGUGAGCGAAGCUGCUCGGCGGCUGGCUCGCCGCCUCUACCACCUCGAGGGCUUCCAGCGCUGUGACGUCGCCCGGCAGCUGGGCAAGAACCCCAGCUCAGAAAUCACAGCUACUAGCCCCACUCCUGCUGAUUGUUCAACUCAGGACACAGACAAGGUCUACACAUUACAUUUGGCCAAUAUGUCUCUUAAGUCUCCUUUAGUCAACAACAGUGCGUGUGUGUGUGUGUGUGUGUGUGUGUGUGUGUGUGUGUGGUGGGGGUUCCUACCCAGACUGACUCAGGGGCUCUGGGAGGCCCUCAGCAUCCUUGAAUUGCCCCUCAGAACCUUCCUGAAGGCCUUCCCGCUGAUGGGGGAGACACAGGAGCGAGAGCGGGUCCUCACUCACUUCUCCCGCCGGUACUGCCAGUGCAACCCCGAUGACAGCACCUCGGAAGAUGGGAUCCACACGCUCACCUGUGCCCUGAUGCUGCUCAACACGGACCUGCAUGGACAUAACAUUGGCAAGAAGAUGUCCUGCCAGCAAUUCAUUGCCAACUUGGACCACCUGAAUGAUGGCCAAGACUUUGCCAAAGACCUGCUGAAGGCCCUUUACAACUCCAUCAAGAAUGAAAAGCUGGAAUGGGCCAUUGACGAGGAUGAGCUGAGGAAGUCACUGUCUGAGCUGGUGGAUGACAAGUUUGGGACCGGCACAAAGAAGGUGACACGGAUCCUGGAUGGUGGCAACCCCUUCCUGGACGUCCCACAGGCUCUCAGCGCUACCACCUACAAGCAUGGUGUGCUGACCCGGAAGACCCACGCGGACAUGGAUGGCAAGAGGACGCCCCGUGGGAGGCGUGGCUGGAAGAAGUUCUAUGCGGUGCUCAAAGGGACCAUCCUGUACCUGCAGAAGGAUGAGUACAGGCCUGACAAAGCUCUGUCUGAGGGUGACUUGAAGAACGCCAUUCGCGUGCACCAUGCUCUGGCCACCCGGGCCUCUGACUACAGCAAGAAGUCCAAUGUGCUCAAGCUGAAGACGGCUGACUGGAGGGUCUUCCUGUUCCAGGCACCGAGCAAAGAAGAAAUGCUGUCCUGGAUCCUUAGGAUCAACCUGGUGGCCGCCAUCUUCUCAGCCCCGGCCUUCCCAGCUGCUGUCAGCUCCAUGAAGAAGUUCUGUCGGCCCCUGCUGCCCUCCUGCACCACUCGCCUCUGCCAGGAGGAGCAGCUGCGUUCUCAUGAGAAUAAGUUGAGGCAGGUGACGGCAGAACUGGCUGAGCACAAGUGUCGCCCAGUGGAGAGGGGCCACAAGUCCAAGGAGGCGGAGGAGAGCCGGCUGAAGGAGCACUAUCUCACAUUUGAGAAAAGCCGUUAUGAGACCUAUAUCCACCUCCUGGCUGAGAAAAUCAAAGUGGGCUCAGAUGACCUGGAGCGGAUUGAGGCCCGGCUGGCCCCCCUGGAAGGGGACGACCCUUCCCUCCGCAAGACACACUCGAGCCCUGCCCUCAGCCAGGGCCAUGGAUCUGUGACUGGCAGCAAAGCCACGAAGGAUACCACUGGACCUGAGACUUAGCUCCACGGAUGAGCAGGCCCCAGAAGCAGGCAGAUGCCCCCAGAGGGGUCAGAGAGCACAAUUCCAGCCACAGGCCAAUUGGGCCAGCUCCAGGCAGCGAUGGGCAGCCAGAGGGGUGUGGAGAGUCCCAUGAGCCAAGGAGAUGGAGAUGCUAUCCAUGGCAUUGAUUUUGUAUUCUAGGGCUUUUCUGGGCCUCAGACCCUCUCCUCAGCCCUUGCAUCCCUGUCCACCACGGAGCCUCAUGUUGUAGGCCUGUUGUGUGCAUGCUCUAUAUACCAUCUCACUGGUGAAGCGGGAAGGGCAGUGGACUUCCCAGGCCUUCGUCUUCUCACAAGUUCUUCCCUCAUCGCUCUUGUUUCGAAGGGCAGGCCUGGACUCCAGGUCUCAGCUUGGACCCCCACCCCUUUCCCUUCUCCUUCCUCUGAGUUGAGCAGCAGCAGGUCUGCAGACCACCAGCACUAUCCUCCCUUCCUCUACACAGCAGCCUCUGGAAACACACCCCAUUCUCCCGCUCACAUUGCAAUAAUCAAGGACCCGGGUCUGUUCCCCCGAGCUGCACUGUCUCCACUCAUGUGUGCGUCCAUCUCACCAUCCAUCCAUUGAGGCCACUGCUGCUUUCUUUUAUACGGACACAAGUGUAUAGAUACAGGAAUUACAUAUCUAUGUAAGAACCCCCUUUAAAGAUGGUUUUGGAACUGAUAUCAAUUAAAAUAAGAUGAAGGAAAAGCCUAUUUCAGGGCUGCUAUCUGGCCCCCUGGUGGCCCUGACACUCUGGAAGGAAAGGUGGAAGUAGUAUUGACCUCCUCUCACUCCAUUUCCCCCCUCUUCCGGCUGACCUGUGACUUACAUGGCUCUUACAGUUGAUGUUUUGGAAUAAAUAGGCAGUGUGUGUGCGCCACCCUACCUGUCCCACCGGCAUCAUGGUGUGUGAGUGGGGCGGGGCCGUGGCUCUGUUUAUUUUUUGGUCUUUAUGUUGGUGCUGCCAGGUCUCUGUGCUCCAGAGAUGGCCUCUUGUUCAGAUCUGCUGUUUCAGGAAUAAAAGACAAUCUGCCUUGCAAAUAGCCCCUUGUCCAUAAGCGGGAAGAUAUUGAUGGGGGAAAGGUUGUGGAAACUGUUCACCCUUGGUCUUGGGAAAAGGUGGGAUGACAAGUUGCUGAUUGUUUUUUAAGUUGAUAUUUCUUUCACUAUUGUAGUGACUCGGAAAUGCUAGCUAAGGACAUGUUUGGGAAGAAAGAGAAAUUUGCCACAUGAUGAUCACAGACUAGCAUCCUUUAAACCCUGAGUCCUUCAGGCUGACAAGUGGUGGGGGUGAUGACACCCUCAGUGCAGCUAUGAUGAGUAAACCCUAUCUAUUUUUUAAAUAGAUUAAUGUAGUUAGGCCAGCAAUUUGAUCUCAGUGGUAACGUAUUUAGUUAAUAAGUCAACCUUGCAACUAAGUACCCGACAUUUACAAGUCCACUCAUUUCAUGUGAGGGAUAUGUGAGUCUGUGGAGAGAUGUAGUGAUUUAAAUCCAGAUUAUUUAAUUUGGAUUGUAUGAAAAAUGGCGGCGGCGUAGGUGGAAGCUACAAUGACACUCUCCCAUGACCAAACUGGAAAUACAAAAUACGGAAGCACCACCCUGAAAAAUCAACUGAGGACUAGCCGGAGAGAACCCUGAUAACCAAGGACAGAAAGCAGAUUAUUUAAUUUGGAUCAGCUGAAGUGUAUUUCUAAUCAAACCAUCUGGCCCCUUCAUUUUGCUGAGGAUAAUUAAAUGCUCAUUUAAGUGAAAUUGAAAGAGCAGUGUGGCAACAUGAAGAGCUUUCUGUGCUUUCUCCAUGCUUCUCAAAGGUCUUUUGAUUUGGGGGGUCAGCUUCCCACAAUCCACCUUCUGAGGGCAGGUGAGUGAAAACAGAGGAGCAAGCCCUGUCUGUUGCAGACAGAUGUACUUCCCUGAGCACUUGUUGUGCCUCUGAUCAGUAAAAAACAUUUUUUAGCUCACUUUCUUAAUUGUAUAAUUAUUUAUUGUAAAUUAUAUACAUGUUCUACUGUACUAAAAUAUUAUGUACAUUAUAAAACAUACACAAAAAUAGAAAUUUAAAAAAGAUGAGAUGAAAAUAAAUGUAAAUCAAAGUUCUAA